AUGCUAUCCUCGCCUCUGGCUGCUUCCUGCGCGGCUUGGCUCCGUGCGCUAGAGGCUCGGGCUGGCGGCCGCUUCAUCCUCGAAGCUGGUGCUGAGUUUGGGUCCCUGAACUGCUGGUGGGGAAAGCGCCGUGCUCGCCCUGCGCCUCACGAGGGCGUUGACUUCUGCGAUUUCCAGGACUUCAAGUCUGGCACAAAGAGGCAGAUAAAGCCUGGAUGCCCGGUGCCGGCCGUUGCCGAUGGCCAGGUGGUUGCAGUGUUCGAGGACUUCAUGGCGCAGACCAUAAUCAUGACACACCAGGAGCAUUUGGAUGGGCGGCAGCUGGCCACCCUGCUGGCACAUGUGAUGCCAGUUCCGGGUCUUGCUCCAGGUCAACGGUGCAGCCCUGACAUGGAAGUAGCUGCUGUGGCGGCUUCCAGGACUACCGCCCCGGCCCAUGUGCAUCUGUCAGUGCUGGCAGCACCACCUGGAUUCGCCUGGGCAUCCUUGCAGGGCUGGCCGGACCUCCUGCAGCUGCACGAACAGAAGGAGCUCCAUUUCCUGGAGCCACCGGUUCCUGUAGAACCAUUGCGUGCUCACCCUGACUUGGGAGGUGAGCAGCAGUAG